UGUCAAACAAGCUUGAAUCGGCAGUUUCAGCUGCUGCAUCCCUCACCGAUAAACAACAGCCGACGGGAACGAUCCUCUGACUAAAAUUAUAUGCAGCUUUAAGCUGUUACACAGAAUAGAAAGCUUUAAAAAGAUUGGAAUUUCUCAGGAAACAUGAACACACUAUCUGGAAAGAGUGUGCUGUCUUUGUGCAGACAGACCACCAGCUCUUUCCGAAUCCUGGCCAACAGCACUCCUUCGGCUUUUCUUUUGGGUCAUGGACUCACCGGGUCACUGCUAGGGGCACAGAGAGUGUGCCACUCGGGUGUGAGCUCCAAACCCGGCAGCAUCAGGACCAAAAAGCGAGGUUAUGAUAUCACAAGGAAUCCUCACCUCAAUAAGGGCAUGGCUUUUACUCUGGAGGAAAGGCUUCAGCUGGGCAUCCAUGGCCUUCUGCCUCCAUGCUUUCUGUCGCAAGACGUCCAGGUGCUCCGUGUUAUGAAGAGCUAUGAGACUCGUACCAACCCUCUUGACAAAUACAUUUUGCUGAUGACCCUGCAGGACAGGAAUGAAAAGCUUUUUUAUCGUCUGUUGACCUCAGAUGUUGAGGAAUUCAUGCCUAUAGUUUACACUCCCACUGUGGGACUGGCCUGCCAGCAGUAUGGCCUGGCAUUCAGGAGACCACGAGGACUUUUCAUCACCAUUCAUGACAAGGGCCAUAUAGCCACCAUGUUGAACUCGUGGCCAGAAGAGAACAUUAAGGCAGUUGUGGUAACUGAUGGUGAGAGGAUACUGGGACUUGGAGAUCUAGGGAGCUAUGGAAUGGGCAUUCCAGUGGGCAAGCUGGCUCUCUAUACAGCCUGUGGAGGAGUGCACCCUCAGCAGUGUCUGCCUGUUCUGUUGGAUGUAGGAACUGACAACGAGACUCUCUUGAAUGAUCCUUUGUACAUUGGACUGAAGCACAAGCGGGUGAGAGGGAAAGAAUAUGAUGACCUUAUUGAUGAGUUCAUGCAGGCUGUCACAGACAAGUAUGGGAUGAACUGUCUGAUUCAGUUUGAGGAUUUUGCCAAUAGUAAUGCUUUCCGCAUUCUCAACAAAUACCGCAACCGUUAUUGCACCUUCAAUGACGACAUCCAAGGAACAGCAUCGGUGGCUGUCGCUGGCAUUAUUGCUGCUUUGAAGAUUACCAAAAACAAACUGUCUGAUCACACUUUUGUGUUUCAAGGGGCAGGGGAGGCUGCUAUGGGUAUUGCUCAUCUUCUCACCAUGGCCAUGGCUAAGGAGGGAGUGCCCCAUGCUGAUGCUGUCAAGAAGAUAUGGAUGGUGGAUUCUAAAGGACUAAUUGUCAAGGGCAGAGGUCACCUGAACCAUGAGAAGGAAAUGUUUGCCCAUGAGUAUCCUCAUUUAAAAACCCUGGAGGAGGUGGUGAAAACCAUUAAGCCUACAGCUAUUAUUGGUGUUGCUGCUAUUGGUGGUGCAUUCACAGAGGCCAUUAUAAAGGACAUGGCGUCUUUUAAUGAGAGGCCCAUCAUAUUUGCUCUUAGCAAUCCCACCAGUAAAGCAGAGUGCACAGCAGAGCAGUGUUAUACACUUACAGAGGGUCGUGGAAUCUUUGCCAGCGGUAGCCCUUUCAAGAAGGUAACUCUUACAGAUGGACGCACUUUCUACCCAGGCCAGGGUAACAAUGCUUAUGUGUUCCCUGGUGUUGCACUGGGUAUCAUUGCCUGUGGGGUGCGUCACAUAUCGGAUGACAUUUUCCUCACCACAGCAGAGGCAAUAGCUGACAUGGUUACAGAGGAAAAUCUGGCUGAAGGAAGAUUAUACCCCCCUCUCAGCACCAUCAGAGAAGUGUCCUUCAAGAUAGCUCUGAAGAUUGUGGAUUAUGCUUAUAAACACGACAUUGCUUCAUGGUAUCCCGAGCCCAAGGAUAAAGAAGCCUUUGUGUUGUCACAUGUCUACAAUGCUGACUACGACUCCUUUACAUUGGACACCUACACAUGGCCAAAGGAGGCCAUGACGGUUCAGGAUGUGUAGUUUCACUUGCUGUUAGCUUCUAUCAUACCUUACAGAGAGGGCCAUGUUUUCAGCAGCAUGCCUCAGCUCACCAUUUGCUUUGCUUUUACAUAUCCCCUUCUCUGUAUCUAGACCUUUGACUAGUUGAAAUUAAGACCUCCCACUUUUAAAAAUUGGCCCUUGUGUGCAGGUACUGAAUGGUUCCUUCAUAAUUCAUAAAUGCUAAAGAUAAACGCUAUAGACGAAACCAGUGGCAUUACAGUCUCCCAAAGAAAGGCACAUAUUAAAAAAAAAGAGAUAAGUAUUCAUUUUAUGCCACUCCAUGAUUAGCUCAACACUAUUUUUACUGUGCACUCCAGUUAAUGACUUAACUGUAUAUAGAAAAUCCCUUUUAAAAACACUCCUUUUAUAUGAUUUUUCUUUCAGCAUUAUCUCUUGUUAAAUUACAAGUUCCUAUUUAGGGACAUGACAUUUCUUUACAGUUACUGCCAAAAGGCACAAUAUAACUGGCCCCACAUACAGUACCUAUUCCACCUUUUUGCUAUUACUGUAAAAACUAGUCUGUAUGGAUAGCUUAUAUGGAUUAUGCCAAAAUUCAAAUGCAUUUAAUUACACUAUCAGUGAACAUGUGUGCACCUCCAAAGAUCAUUAUUUAUAUUAUGAUGUACUGUGCCUCAUAAGUUCUAAAUGAAUAACUAAGACAUUGUAGUGCUGCUCUGAGUGCAAUUUGAAGUAUUGUUGCUAUCUAUUAUCAUUUUAUGUACUUGAUUAGCUUAUUUGCAGUAUUCUACAAAAUAAUUAUAUUUUCAGAUAUUCAAUAAGGGUAAACAACUGUUUUAAAUAAAUAAUAAAAUCACACUUGUUU